CAAGCCGGGCGCGCCGCGAUGUCUUCUACCGCCGCUGCCCCCGCGGGUGCUGUGGACCUGGACGCUACCAUCCGCGCGUUCCUCGCCGAUGGUGCCCAGAGCACCCUGGUGCUGCCGAACCUGUCGCCCGAUGAGCGCAAGCAGGCCAAGCGGCUGGUGGACGGGCACCCUGGGUUGAGGUGCGAGAGCUACGGCCUCGGCGCAGACAGGCAGCUGCACGUCUUCAGGGACGCCGCCCCGCGGGCGUCCUCGGGCGUGGCCGCCGCCCCGCUGCUGCCGGCUCGGUGCGUCAGCCGCGAGUUUGGGGAUGCUGAUUGCGGCGAUGCCGCCGAGGCACAGGGGGUCAGUCGCGCCCGCCAGGCCGCCGGGGACGCAAUGCUCAAGCUCGGGCUCAGCUCGCCCUACGACCGAGGCUGCGAGGAGUGCAGCGAGGCCUGCUCCAUCUGCCUGGACGGCCUGGUGGACCCGGCGCGGCUCCCCUGCGGCCACCGCUUCUGCGUGCACUGCGUGCUGCCCCUGUUCGGCCACCCGCCCGAG